AUGCAUCGCCGUUCCAACGUCAUCACGUGGGCCAAGAAGAUCACACCCGGCGCAGCCCACCAGAACCCUGCCAAGGCUCCCCCAAACCCAACUGAAGAUCUUGAAUUGUCCAUUGACAAGUCUACCAACCUUGAUCAGUACUACGAGAACUCCAAGAAUGCUUCCGAGUCCUCUGCUGGUGUUACUCCCAACAAGUCUCAUCACUCCCGACGCUCUUUGGAGAAGCGUGGUAGUGGUGCCUUGUACUGCAAAGACGGUCCUUGUGCUGACGAUAGCUGCUGUGGCCCUGAGGGUAUCUGUGGUUACGGACCUGAUUUUUGUGGCGAUGGCUGUACUUCCAACUGUGAUGCUGUUGCCAUGUGUGGAGAGUACAGUGAAGACGGUGACAUGCCCUGCGGUAUGAACCUAUGCUGCUCUUCUUCCGGUUGGUGCGGUACUACUGAAGUUUUCUGUGACAACGCCGAUCCUGUUCACAAGACUCUACCCUGUCAAGCCGGCUACGGAUCCUGCAACAUUGCUUCUUCUCCUUCAUGCGCAAAAGGCGGUGGUAGCACAAACGGAAGAACCAUUGGUUACUACCAAUCAUGGAACGUCCGCACACGCAAGUGUGAUACCAAGACCCCUAAGCAACUUGACACUACUGGAUUCACUCAUCUCUUCUACUCGUUCGCUUUCAUCGACCCUACCUCCUUCAAGAUUACCCCCGCCCACGACGAUGAUGUCAAGCAGAUGCGCGAGUUCACCGACCUAUCUAAGGGUGGUAAGCUCCAAACUUGGAUCGCCAUUGGUGGUUUCGACAUGAGCGAUGAGGAUAAGCCUACUCACACAACUUGGAGUGACAUGGUUUCUACCAAAGCGAACCGAGCUGCUUUCAUCGAAUCUGUUCGUGACUACAUGGACGAGUAUGGUUUCCAGGGUGUUGAUCUUGACUGGGAGUACCCUGGUGAGCCCAAGCGCGGUGGCCGAAAGCUUGCUGACACUCGAAACUUCUCCAUGUUGCUCCGCGAGAUGCGUGCUGCUUACGGUGAUAAGUACGGCAUCAGCUUGACCUUGGCACCUGACUACUGGUAUCUUCGAUGGUUCGAUGCCAAGGCUAUGGAGCCUUAUGUGGACUUCUUUGGAUUUAUGGCCUACGAUCUUCACGGUUUCUGGGAUGAGGAUGUUCGAACCCUCGGCAAGAUCAUCCGUGGCCAGGCCGAUAUUCGUGAGAUUGGCAACAACACUAUUCCUCUCUGGUUUGACGGUCUUGAUCCCAAGAAGAUCAACUUUGGUCUUGCUAUGUAUGGCCGUGGCUAUACCGUCGCCGACAAGAGCUGUAACGGACUCGGAUGCUCUUUCGUUGGUCCUAGCGAGAAGGGCGAGUGUACUGAUUCAGACGGUGUCAUGUCUCUUGGCGAGAUUAAGAACCUCAUCAAGAACAAGGGUGUGAAGUCAAUUUACCUCGAGGAGGCCAUGAUGAAGCAAAUCUCUUGGGAUGACCAAUGGAUCGGAUACGACGACGAGGAGACAUUUGCAGCGAAGAAGGCUUGGGCUGAUGGUUACUGCUUCGGCGGUACCAUGGUCUGGAGUAUUGACUUCCAGGCCAGUUCUGGUGGCGGUCUCAGCGGUGGCACUGGCAAUGCCAACACCGGCAACGACGGUUCGGAUUUCCCUGACAUCGGUGGCAGUCAUCUAACUCAUAAGCAAGUGAUCGAUAAGCUCAUGGAUGAGAAGAUGCCCGACUGCUUCAGCGAUAAGGCCUACAAGGAUAUCAAGGACAAGGGCAAGUUCUGGUACGACUCUGGUGCCGAGCAAUGGACCGACAAGUACAUCAGCGCCCAGAAGGAUCACUCGCAGUGGGCGCAGAACUUGUACCGCGAUAUCUUCAAGAAUGAUGUUACAGCGGCCGACUUUGCCUGCUUCCAGCCUGGAGAAGAAUGCAACUUUGGAAAGUCAUGUGCCGACUUUAACAAGAAGGGUAAAGGUGGCCUUUACUACAUGUUCUUAUCGCUGCAGAACUUCUUCAACUGGUAUUCGCAGUUCAUUCAAGAGUUUGACCAGAACAUGAGUUACUCAGCUGGCAACGUCAGUGUCAUCCGAAAGGGUCUCAGCAUUGGCGAAAGCAACCCUAGUGCCUCAAUUGACAUUCUGAGCAUCCUCGCUGCAGCUUUCACCAUUGCCAGUGGCCCUGCUGCGCCUAUCGCCCCUCUCGGAGGUGCUUUCGCUGGUCUCGGUGGUCUCAUGUCCAUGUACAGUGCGACCACAGGCGACGACGUCACAGUUGGCAAUGAUGCCAUUGAUGCCGAGGGCUCAGCCUCUGCUGCCAUCAGCAACAUGCGAAAGGCCGGUAUCGACUCGGCAAAGAAGCUCAUUGCUGCUGUAUUUGGUAAGCAAGGUCACCCGCAGAGUGACAUCCCCGAGGCCAUGCUUGUUGGAGACUCCAAGUACAAGAACCCUGUCGUUAGAGUCUUUGGCUGGGGAGGUUGGGUUCGCGACAGUGCUCUUGGUGGUCUUGAAGAGCUCGUCACCGGUAUGCGAAGCAACAUGGACAAGGCAUUGCUGUGGCAGAUGGCCAGGGCCUGGAGAGGUCUUUAUGUUGUUGUCCGAGAUGACUUGCCCAAGCCCAAGUGUAUCAACCCCAACAACGCCUGGGAUGAUGAGAAGGGACGUUGUCUCGAUAUUCUCGCCUGGUAUCCCAAGACAGACAAGAAGACGUUUGGUGGCAACAAGGAUAUCGAAUUCGCCUGGAACUCAUGGGGCAUGGACAAGCUGGGAACUCUGCGCAACGCUGUCGCUUGCUGGGAGAACAAUGGCGGCAAGAUCGGCUCGCCCAAGACAAGCAUCGGAUCUCUCACUAGCUCAAGCCCUUACGACUCACCUUGCUUCUUCGCUAUGCCUGUCCUGAAGGGCAACUACAGCGACAUCAGCAAAGGCUCGCUGUGGCUCGCUGGUGAUUUCGCAGGCCAGGAAGGACAGGCUGGAAAGCUUUGGCCCAAGACUCGAUGUGAGGCAUACAACCGGGAUAUGCAUUACAUCAAGAGAUACACUAAGGAUUGUUCUGAUCUCGAUGUAGAGGGGGAUCUUGCUUAG